AUGGAGGCUUCUGGGAGGAUUUCCGAAGAGUGGAGUUCUCUUAGUGGAUUGUACACAGCUGAGGAAGCUGAUUUUAUGAAUCAACUGCUUGGUAACAACUGUUCAGUCCCGGAAGAGAUACUAUAUGAAAAUUCAACUUUGGGAUUUCCAUGUGCGUUUUGGCCUGGACAUGAAUCAACAGUUGUGAGCGUCACGGGCAUCAAUAACAACACUUCAUAUUUUCCUUCCAAUGAUGCUGAUGCUAAUGCUAAUGCCAAUUUCUUCAGUUUCUCACAAGGAAGUAGCUCCAGUACUGAUAUUGGUGUUAGAUACCGCCCUAAUGAUCCAUCCAUCAAUUUUGAUUCUGUGUCCAUGGGUUUUUCUUUGGGGGAUGCCAAAAUUUUCCCAUACAGUGUUCAAAGCCAUGACCAUUUGAGCCAUCAGAUCAAUGAAAAUACUCAUGAAGAGUCAGUUGUUGACCCAGUUAAGAGGGUUCUUGCGGUUGCUGACAAGAAUUUUCAGGCUAAUAGGGAAUGUGAAGAACUAGUUUCUUCUGAACCAGCUGAAAAGGGUAAAAACACCAAUCUAGAGAAGUCAGAGAAAAGAUCUAGGAGCUCUUGGGAGGUACAGAAGAACAAGAGGAAUGUUAAAUCAAAGAAGAACACAAAAUCUGAAUGUAUAAGCAAAAAUGAAGAGGAUAGGAGCUUGCAGAGGCAGAGCUCGAGCAGUGGCUGCUCAGAGGAUGAUUCCAAUGCUUCUCAGGAGCUAAAUGUGGGGUCCACUUCAAGUUUCAGUCCUAAAGAUUCUGCAUCUCUCAAGUCUAAUGGCAAAUCAAUGCCUGCUAAAAGUCCUGCCGCUGAUCCACAGAGCGUAUAUGCGAGAAGAAGAAGAGAAAGAAUAAACGAAAGGUUGAGAAUCCUACAAAACCUUGUCCCCAAUGGAACUAAGGUGGAUAUAAGCACCAUGCUUGAGGAAGCAGUUCAAUAUGUGAAGUUCUUACAGCUUCAAAUAAAGCUUCUCAGCUCUGACGAUCUGUGGAUGUACGCUCCUAUUGCUUACAAUGGAUUGAACAUUGGCCUAGAUCUUAACAUCACACCUACCAAACAACCAUAG